AGUGCCACUAAUCCAAUUCCCGCUUCAUCCCAUCUUUAACUAUUACGAAAGAGAUCUAAAGCGUUCUGUUUGACUGUCGAGAAAGUCUCCGAGAAAAUGUCAGGAAGAGGCAAGGGCGGUAAAGGCUUGGGAAAGGGAGGUGCUAAGAGGCACAGGAAAGUUCUCAGGGAUAACAUCCAGGGAAUCACCAAGCCGGCCAUUCGAAGACUCGCUCGUAGGGGAGGUGUGAAGCGUAUCAGCGGCCUUAUCUAUGAGGAAACCAGAGGAGUCCUCAAGAUCUUCUUGGAAAAUGUUAUUCGUGAUGCUGUUACUUACACGGAGCACGCUCGGAGGAAGACGGUCACCGCCAUGGACGUGGUUUAUGCUUUGAAGAGGCAGGGUCGCACCCUUUACGGUUUUGGUGGUUAAGCCCCAAAACCAUAUGUACAAUCAGUUUCUAUUUUAGGGUUUUUAGGUUUUCUGGCUUUUUUUUUGGGAUCUUGGAUUUAGAUUUGUAAUCUCCGAUGUUCUGAUAUCAAUGUUAUCUAAGUUUCGUUUCUUUAAUUUGUGAUUGUGAUGAACUGAAUUAAAAAUCUUCUAUGGAUUUUCUUCAAAUUU